AUGGCGAAAAAGAAGGUAAUUGACCAUCUUUACUAUGCUUCUAGUAUGAAUACCAAAGGUUUACAAGCAGGCAAUGGUGCCUUAGUUCAGGCUGUUACCAAUGGUAUUACCUGGCUGAUAAAAUUUAUAUCAGCUCCAGCUACAGCCGUGGGGCUACUCUUAACAUUUAAAAAUGAUAGGCAGCAUCAAUCUAUACAAGAAGAAGUAAGUCAGCCGGUUUCAGAAGCCCCUCAGCCUGUUGAAACUACAGAGUCUUUAGAGACAAUACAUCAAGAAGAGCUACAAACAAUCCCCAAAGUACAGCCUGAAGCACGUAUACGUUUUGGUCCAGUAGAUCCAUUUCAACGUCUUUCCAUAGUUCUUACCUCUGGACAAACCUUAUUUCAAGCAAUUAUUGCUGGAGGUGUCCCUCGUGAUGAAGCAAAUGUAAUCAUUCGUGAAUUGCAAAAAUUUAUUGAUUUUAGACGUUUACAAACAGGUGACCGAUUUGAAGGUAUACUUUGGCUUGGAGAAAAAUUAAUUGAAGCCACGUUCUACCAUGGAAAAUUAGAUCGUUACUAUUUGACUAACCAGAAUGGUAAGUUGUUGGUAACCGCUGAUCCUAUCGAGCUUCUUACAGUUACAGAAACUGUCCAAGGCAUUGUGAAAUCUAGUUUAUUCGAAGCUAUUUAUGAAGCUCAAGAAAAACCGCUGCUAAUUAUGUCAUUUAUUGAUUUAUUUAGUUGGGAUUUUGAUUUUAAUGUCUCAACUAAACGGGGCGAUCGUUUUGAGAUGCUUGUUGAAAAACGUUAUUUGAAAGAUAAAUUUUUUGGCUAUGGUCCUAUUUUGGCAGGUCGUUAUAUGUCUACAGGCGUCAAAUUAGAAGCCUGUUGGUAUCAGCCUGAAACGAACCCUAAGAUUGCAGGAUAUUAUCACCUGAAUGGUAAUGCAGUUAAAGGUGCAUUCUUACGUACGCCUCUAAAAUAUACGCGAAUUUCUAGCCAUUUUACCUUGAAUAGAUUUCACCCUGUCUUAAAAAUUCGUCGACCCCAUCGUGGUAUUGACUAUGCUGCUCCACUUGGAACACCGGUUUAUGCUGUAUCGAGCGGUGUUGUAGUAGAUGCCCGUUGGAUGGGAGGAGCAGGUCGUGCCGUACGUAUUAAACACCCAAAUGGUUGGAUUACAAGCUAUAGCCAUUUGUCAAAAAUUUUAGUUAAAAAAGGACGGCGUGUUCAACAAGGUCAAGUUGUUGGUCGUGUUGGUAGUAGUGGCUACUCAACAGGUCCCCAUCUUGACUAUCGUAUCAAAAUUAAUGGGCGUUUUGUUAAUCCGCUAAAAAUAAAAUUUCCUAAGGGGAAAUCUGUUCCUAAAACACACCUUGCUGAUUUUAAACAGCAUUGCCAGCUACAGCUAGCUAAGCUAAAUAUUCAAUAA